AUGCUAAUUUUUGCCGUCGCAUCGCUAUUACACAUUAGUGUUCAUGGUCUCGCUACCGUACCCGUUCCCAGCAGCGAUGCCCAAAUUGUGAAGAAAUUAUUUGACGAUUAUUCCGAAAAAUUUCUGUCACCUGAAGACUUUGCAUAUGCUGCUGAAAAACCAGUCGAUAUCCCCACCGAAGCCGAGUUGGACGCUGUCCAAAACUCCCAGCUUUUCGAGGGGGACAUUGUUGGCAUGCCAUCAGAAGAAGAACAAGCUCUCAGACGAUUUCGGGAUGAACCCCACGUAGAUGAGGCUGCAAUUUUUGGAAGACCGUACCACAGCGCUUUAAACUUGGUUACAUAUCCAGAAAAACUAUGGAACGAUGCGCAAGUGCCAUAUAUACUAGAGGAGGGAAUGACAACUGACCAACGAGCUGCUAUUGCUCAAGCUUUUGACGAGUACAAGGACAAAACAUGCAUUCGGUUUGUACCUCGAACCGAAGACGACUUCGAUUAUAUUUACAUCAAAAGAAAUCUUGCAUUCGGGUGUUCUUCAUACGUUGGUCGAGCUGGAGGUAAUCAGACGGUUUCGCUGGAAGUCGAUAAAUGUUUCUCAAAAGGUAUCAUCGCUCAUGAAUUGAUGCAUGCGCUUGGAUUUUUUCACGAACAUUCCCGAACAGAUCGUGAUCAGUAUGUGGAUAUAAACGAAGAUAAUAUUAGGCCAGGAAUGAUUAGAAAUUUCGAGAAAUACCCUCGAAAGAUUAUCGAUCCGCUAGGAAUGCCAUACGAUUACGACUCAGUCAUGCAUUAUCACAAACUUGCAUUUUCACGAAAUGGUAAACCCACUAUAGUGCCAAAAGAUCGUAAUGCCGAAGUUGGGCAACGAUAUAAGCUUAGUACAAUUGACGCAAAAAAGGUAAAUAAACUUUACCGAUGCGGAGAAGAGACGAAAACCACCGAGGCAACCACCACCUCUACUACUGAAGAAUUAACUACAGUAACUACCACUACGACAGAAUCCACGACAAGUAAGAAGGAAAGGUUCACGAGACCGGGCCGAGAAAGGGUUACCAAGACCAAGAAGCCCAAGCCAGUCUGGACAAGAAGACCUACCACAACAAAAGCACCAAAAACCACGGAAUCCCCUAUGAGGGUCAAAAAGAGGUGCGAAGAUCUCAAUGCUCAUUGCGGAAUGUGGGAACAACUUGGACACUGUCAACAUUCGACAAAGUAUAUGAAACAUUACUGUAGAAAAUCAUGUGGGUUCUGCGACGAAGAUACUUCAGGAGUGGCAAAGAUUCCGUUGCUUGUCCGUCUUACAGUACUCUUGUACAUAUUCUUCUUCAUCUUUAUUGCUCUAGUACUCCCGGUGUUAUGCCGAACAGAUAUGGCGAAGAAGUGCGGAGGAAAAAUGACAAAUCGUGAAGCCUUCUAUCUUCUCUUCCAUUUAAACGAAUUGCGCAGAAAUGUAGCAAGAGGCAAAACAAGGAAAGCGUCAGGAGAAGGAUUUAUGCCAACUGCAGCGGCCAUGUACAAAAUUCAAUGGAGUUGUAAACUGCAAAAAAGUGCGCAAAAACAUGCUGAAGAGAAGUCAGACUUCGAGCAAGCAAACUCUGGCAAGGGACUAUAUGAGUAUAUGGACGCCUCAACUAAGUCAACUAAAGAAGUGAUCAAGGCUGCAUUUGACGUAGCAAAGGCCAAGCUCACCGAUCCAAGUUCCCUUCGAGAUGCGGAGAAGCAGCUUUUGACCGAUACUUUCACUCAUGUUGGAUGUGAGUUUUCCAAGAAAGAAGGCAAUCAAAAGCUUAUUUGUAUUUUUGGCAGCAUGCUUGAAGAGAAGAGCGAUAGUGAGCCAUACAAGCAAGGAAAGCCGGGCUCGGAGUGCCGAACAACUUCGUUUGAGCCUUUCAUGCCUUUAUGUAUUUACAAAGGCAGUAGCAAAAAAUGAGGAGCAAUGAAGCAAAGAAAUCAAACAGUAGUUAAACUCAAAAAUGUCCAAUCAUAGUCAUAAAAACAUCUCUGCUGUUCCAUUACGCUACCACUGACUAAUGCU